AGUUUGGUAUCGAUAAUCAAGCACAAAAGCAUUUGUAAAAGUUUCUUGGUGAAAUAACACAGAUGCGUUUUAGGCAGAAGCUAACACGAUUUUAUAUUAGUAGCAGGUAUCAUAGUCAUAGAAAAGCCAACUAUAGAAAAUGACGUCAGAAGACAAUUUCGCACAUGAAUUCGAGAGAUAUUUGUAUAGGAGUUUCCACUUUGGGCCAAAUACCAAAAUAAGGCAAUACGAUCCUUCAAUUAUGGAGAUAUUCGGAGUGUUGAGUCUUACCGAUGUGCGGCAACCAGAUCGCAAAUUGUGGUAUGUGUAUUAUUGCAAGCAGACUGAAGUCGACGAAACCUUGGACCGUAUAUUCAAAAAAUAUGGCAAGAAGAAUAUGCGUGAAAUAUUUCGCAAACCCGUCUUCAGCGGUGUUGAUCUGUGCGACAAAGUAAAAGACCAUUUUGCCGAGAAGAAAUUGUAUGUGAAAGGCAAGCUGAUUGAAGCACCACGAAAUAGCCCAUACAACGAUGAUAAAAUUAUGAGGCAGGUUACCGGAUUGUACGAUGAGGAGCAAAGAUUGCUCUUUCAAUAUGUUUGUAGCAAGAGUUAAACUGUCUAUCUCUAUGUGUAAAAUUAAUCAUAGUAUUAUAAUGCGAAAUUUUAUAAAGUAUAUGCUAAGUGUGUAAAAUGUUAUUCAGCUUAGUUUUGUUCCCUUUUUUAAAUUAAAACUAGUGACAUUUUUUGUACGCCGUUGUUUUGUCAACUGUUGAGAAACAAGAUCUGUCAACGCUGUGGCCGGUUAAAUAUCGAUACUCGAGCACAAACAGCUUUCGAGCUAACAUAUUAUUGUGAAUUAAUAACACAGUUAAAGUUUUGUACGGCUUUCAUACUUGGUGAAAUAAGCACCAUUUCAUAUAUAAACACAGUUUUCUAUCAGCAUUUACUUAACGUUACUUAAAGAAGAAGUUAUAUUAAUCAAACAAAAAGCUAAUUAUAUAAAAUGACGUCAGAUGGUAAAUUUAACCACAACAAAUAUAUAUAUAUAAUAUGAGUUUCGAUGAUAAAUUCGGAAAUUAUUUGUAUAAAUUGUUGUGCGUUGCGCCAGAUACCGAAAGCGAUCCCUGCGUUAUCGAGAUAUUCGGAGUGCUAAGUCUAACCGAUGUGCGGCAACCAGAUCGCAAAUUGUGGUAUAUGUAUCACUGCAAACAGAAUGAAGUCGACGAAACCUUGGACCGUAUAUUCAAAAAAUAUGGCAAGAAGAAUAUGCGUGAAAUAAUUCGGAAGCGCGUCUAUAGCGGUGUUGGUCUGCGCGAAAGAGUAAAAACACAUUUCGCUAAUAAGAAAUUGUAUGUGACAGAAAAGCUGAUUGAAGCCCCAAGAAAUAGCUCCUUCAACGACGACAAGGUGAUAAAGAAUGUUACCGAAGCGUACAAUGAGGAGCGAAGAUUGCUCUUCGAGUAUGUUUGUAGGAAACACUUUAACUGCCUGGAAACUCUUUAAAAUGUAACUCAACUUAGAUGACUAAUUAUAAGUUGUAUUUAAAAUUACUGUAAUAUUAAUGACAAGAGGAAGAAAUUAUACAAAAUAAUUCAUA